AUGGACUGGGCAACAAAACAGGGCGCUUUCAUCCUCCGGGGCAUGGAGACCGACGGCUACGAUAUCAAAGCAAUCGAGAGCUUUAUCCAAUUCGCUUACGGAGGCUUCUACGACGUGCCCCAACCUAUCAUGGAGGAACAAACGGGCUCUAAACGAUCUCUCAACAGUGCAGCCCUCUCAUCCGUCUCUUCGGCCGGGAUCCCCACGCCCUCGUCUCCUUUAUUCGCAUCCACACACUCUAUGAAUACAUCACAUGCGUUCAUGUCCCCGCCCGGACACUCUCCAGCAAAACCAUACAAUCCUAUCCCUCAGCCCGGUAAUCUCACGCCCGCAUCUUCCUCUGCAGCCUCUGUGUUUGCAUCCGCAACAGAUAACACAUCCAAUCUGGGAGCCUCUAUGAGAACACCAUACAACGCUCGACCCGAUGUACGCGCGAAUAUGCACUCCGGAGAAAAUUACACACCGGUCUUCCUCCACCACGCGCAGGUCUACAUCUUUGCCGCUUCCAAAGGUAUCGGCAUCCUUGCCGAUCACGCGCUCAAUGAAUUGACCGUGACCCUUUCAAAAUUCACGCUUUACAAAGAGAGAAUCGGGGAUAUUGUCGCGCUUGUGAGAUGGGUUUACAGCUACUUGGAUGAUGAUAGGGGUGCAUGGGCGAACGAAGAGCCGCUGAGAAAAUUGAUCCGACGUGUUAUUAAACGAGAACUGGUGAUGCUGAUCAAGGAUGAGGAAUUCCAGGAUCUCAUGGUCGAAGACAGUGGGGAAGGUGGUUGGUUGUUGAAGGAUGUGAUGGACUUGGUCGGCGGGAGGCUGGAGGCAUGA